CAAAUUAACUCUUCGGAUUUUACAUCGGAAAUCUCGUUGUUUGGAAUGCCACGUGGUAGAGGAAGACCAGUUAGGGCUUCAAGGCCAGUAAAUACUGCAAACCAGCCUAAUAAUGUACAGACCAGGGGUCGGAAAAGGCAGGCAGAGGAGGACGGUGACUCCCUAGCAGAAGACACGUCUUUACAGUCCAACGCAGAUGUCUGGGUGUUAGGCGAUUCGUUGCCGUAUUGGGCCGGGGUUCACGCAUCUGACACUUUCAAGAGCAAUUUAAAGAUCGACGGUGUGUCCAUUGCAUGGUGGGGAAAAAGAGGCCUUGGUUGGUCGGGAUUGAGGAGUCACAUUGAAUUGCAGGUUCUAUUUUCUCAGCCACCUAAAAUGGUAAUUAUUAACUUGGGGGGAAACGACUUGCAAUCGUUUAAAACACCCGACAUUAGAAAUCUCAUAAAACAGGAAAUCGACUAUUUACGUGAUGCCUUUCCUGACACCCUUCUUGUGUGGAUGGAUAUCCUCCCACGAACUUGGCCGGAAAAUGAAAACAAGCCCUUAAACUUAAAGAGAAAGCGUUUAAAUAGAUUAGGUCGAAGAAUUGUCAUGGAGUCUGGGAAGGGGGCGAUUAUUACCACUGAGAUUAAUGACGCCUGUUUCUUCCGCCCUGAUGGUAUCCAUUUAAACAUUGUGGGCUUGGAGUUUUAUUUAGACUAUUUGAAAGAUGCAAUUGUUGAAAAUUUAUUAAAUUAAGUGUUCAUCGCUAUUUUUUUUGGAGGAUAAAUUUUUUGUGUCAAAAUUUACUGUGGCGGGAAAAAAAUUAUGUCGAUCGGGAGGCGGCCGUCUGGUUAACAAUCUUGUCUACGGUCUUAACUAUUACCGUGUAUUUAAUCAGCGUUAAUAUUAUAAAUUUAUAUCUUUGGCGUUUAAACUUCUAAAUUGUUUGUGUCUGGUAAAGUAGGUCAGUGUAUGUGUCGGUAUUAAGUGUGACACAGUGUAUGUGUCGGAUAAAGUAUGACACAGUGUAUGUGUCGGUAUAAAGUGUGACACAGUGUAUGUGUCGGUAUAAUGUGUGACACAAGUGUUUUGUGUCAGGUAACCAGAUAUUGCUCUAGUGCUUUGGUAAUAUCUGUGUGUUUGUAAUCGGUAUUCGUACUUCAGGCUCCGUUAUGCUUCUGGUAGUUUUCAUUAUUUUACGGUUAUCGGUAGGAUAAUGGAAGGUAUCAGUGGUUGUCAGCUGGUCCGUGUUGAUGUACUAUUAUUUUGGCUCCGUGGCUUUGCCGGUACCCGAUAUUAUUAUAUGGUUAUCCGUACGAUAAUGGAAGGUGUCGGUCUUUGUCAAUUAGUUCGUAUUGGUAUAUCAAUAAGACACUGGUAAACAUAAGUGACUAGUAUUCUGUUAAUGUUUGGCAAUCUGUUGGUCAAUUAAUAUGACUAACAUUUUCGUUCUAGCCUCCUUCCGGUCGGCAUACGUUUUUUCCCAAACUAAAACCACGUUGGUUAUCCACGUUGUUUUUCUCGAGUGGCCAUAAUUUCCCAAAACAUAAAUACAAACUUGAAUUUAUUUUCUUAAUAGUAAACAUUUUAUAAAUGUA